CUCGUGUUCAAUUUGAUUACAAGUUGCGACCCGACCAUAGCCCUGAUUUUCAUUUCCGUGCAAGCUGAAGCAGCCAAUUACUUGAGUUGCUCCUGACCAUAAGUAUUCAACUUCGAUUAAAAAUCUUUAAUCUGUAAACUCAUACAACUAUUUCUCAAUUUCAAUUGGGGAAGAACAUGAGUGGAGCUUUAAUGUCUCAGUUACAUCUCAACAGUACAGCCUCCUGCUUAAAUUCUCUCCCUCUCCAUUCAAACCAUCCUGAAUUUCUCCAUAUUAACACCCAAAGACACAAAUCAUUUCCCACAAGCUUCAAUUUCAGGAGGAAAUCUCUAUGUUUUGCUGUCAAUGAUUUGAAGGAAACUGAUCAACUUUCUAACACUCUUGGGGUUAGCUCAGCUCUUGAAGAAAGACCAAAUGAACCUGUGAAUGCUAGCGAAGAUCGCGGGCAGAGUGCCAUCUAUGAUUUUCUUUAUCCAGACAAAGAUGAACUACCCGAUGAUAAGGAGAUGAGUAUAUUUGAUCACCUAGAGGAGCUACGAGAGAGAAUAUUUGUGUCAGUGUUAGCCGUUGGAGCAGCUAUAUUGGGUUGUUUUGCUUUCUCUAAAGAUUUGAUUCUGCUCCUUGAAGGCCCAGUCAAAGAGCAAGGUGUUCGUUUUUUGCAACUAGCGCCUGGCGAGUUCUUCUUCACAACAUUAAAGGUUUCAGGAUAUUGUGGUCUUCUUCUUGGGAGCCCUGUGAUCCUCUAUGAAAUUAUCGCAUUUGUGCUACCUGGUCUUACUAGGGCAGAGAGACGAUUCCUGGGCCCUAUAGUUCUAGGCUCUUCUGUGCUUUUCUAUGCUGGAAUCACCUUCUCCUAUUUUGUUCUCACCCCAGCAGCAUUGAAUUUCUUCGUAACUUACGCAGAAGGGGCUGUUGAAUCACUUUGGUCAAUUGAUCAGUAUUUUGAGUUUGUUCUUAUUCUGAUGUUCAGCACAGGCCUGUCUUUCCAGGUUCCCGUCAUUCAACUUCUAUUGGGACAAACAGGUUUGGUUUCUGGAGAUCAAAUGCUGUCGAUUUGGAGAUAUGUUGUGGUAGGUGCUGUCGUUGCUGCAGCAGUUCUCACACCAUCAACCGAUCCCUUGACACAAAUGCUUCUAGCGGGGCCUCUUUUAGGGCUUUACCUUGGCGGUGCUUGGAUGGUGAAGGCUACAGGGCGCUAGUUCUUUUACAAAUUACGCUUUUGGCUCAAUUUCCUCGCGAUUAAAUUUGUAUAGCUUAUAUAUUGUUAUCGCGUGUAUCAAUAUUUGUAAGGAUUUUACUUUGUAAUCAAAUAGUUUCAUUACAAAUGUUAUUAGGACGAUUUUGAACAAAUAACAAAAUAUUCUCCAGUCUCCA